AUGCCAGGCACCGUGAAGCUGCGCAGAGUCAAGAGGUUUGGAAAAGAAAAUGAUGGUUAUGAACUUUCAGAUGAGGAAACAAAUGGUGAUUAUAUGACAAUGGCAUCAUCUAGCAAGGAUAACAAGUCCAAAAAUGACAAGAAAGAAGAAUCUGCUAUUCGCGUGGGCUUCUUUCAGCUGUUCCGCUUCGCCAGUUGCAGAGAGAUCUGGAUGAUGAUAUUUGGGAGUUCGUGUGCGGUUGUGCACGGCUCAGCUCAGCCGCUGAUGCUGCUCGUGUUUGGCCUGUUGACCGACACCUUCAUCGCCUAUGACAUUGAGCUCAAUGAGCUUAAGGAUCCAGAGAAAGAAUGUCGGAAUAACACUAUUCAGUGGCGAAACCUGACAGAAGAAGAAAACCUUUCUCUAAACAUGACCAUGCCAUGCGGGCUGUUGGACAUUGAAUAUGAAAUGACCAAUUUUGCUUAUUACUAUGUUGGCAUUGGAACGGCUGUUUUCAUUCUUGGAUACCUCCAAAUCUCUCUGUGGGUCACGGCAGCAGCACGUCAGAUUCAGAUCAUCAGGAAGAUGUAUUUCAGGAAGGUCAUGAGAAUGGAGAUUGGUUGGUUUGACUGCACGUCUGUAGGAGAGCUCAACACACGCAUGUCUGAUGACAUCAACAAGAUAAAUGAUGCCAUCGCCGAUCAGGUAGGGAUUUUCAUCCAGCGAUUCACCACAUUUGUGUGUGGAUUCCUUCUGGGCUUAGUAAGGGGCUGGAAGCUCACGCUGGUCAUUAUCUCUGUGUCUCCUCUGAUCGGCAUCGGAGCGGCUCUCAUGGCUCUGUUUGUGGCAAAACUGACAGGACGUGAGUUGCAAGCUUACGCUAAAGCAGGUGCCGUGGCAGAUGAGGUUUUGUCUUCUAUACGCACGGUGGCAGCGUUUGGCGGAGAGAGAAAAGAGGUGGAGAGGUAUGAUUGUAAUCUGGUUUCCGCCCAGCAGUGGGGCAUCAGAAAAGGUUUGAUAAUGGGAUUCUUCACUGGAUACAUGUGGCUCAUCAUCUUCUUGUGUUAUGGACUGGCUUUCUGGUAUGGAUCUAGUCUGGUAUUGAACACACAAGAGUACAGUCCAGGAACAUUACUACAGGUGUUUUUUGGAGUGCUCAUAGCUGCGAUGAAUCUGGGCCAAGCGUCUUCUUGUCUGGAGGCCUUUGCUUCUGGAAGAGGAGCUGCUACCAUUAUAUUCGAGACCAUAGAUCGCGAACCAGAGAUCGAUUGUCUCUCUGAAGCUGGAUAUAAGUUCGACAAAGUGAAAGGGGAUCUGGAGUUUCAUAAUGUGACAUUUCACUAUCCAUCUAGACCUGAAGUAAAGAUCUUGGAUCAGCUCAGUUUGCAGGUGAAGUCAGGAGAAACAACAGCAUUUGUGGGUCCCAGCGGUGCUGGGAAGAGCACGACUAUCCAGCUCAUCCAACGCUUUUAUGAUCCAAGAGAAGGCAUGGUUACAUUGGAUGGUCAUGAUAUCCGAGGUCUGAACAUCCAAUGGCUUCGUUCUCUGAUUGGAAUCGUGGAGCAGGAGCCGGUUUUGUUUGCCACCACCAUUGCUGAAAACAUUCGGUACGGACGGCCUGGGGUCUCGACUGAUGACAUCAUCAAAGCAGCCAAAGAGGCUAAUGCUUACAACUUCAUCAUGGACUUACCACAGAAAUUUGACACUAUGGUAGGUGAGGGUGGAGGCCAGAUGAGUGGCGGGCAGAAACAGCGAAUCGCAAUAGCCCGAGCGCUGGUGAGGAAUCCCAGAAUCCUCCUCUUGGACAUGGCCACAUCAGCUCUGGACAAUGAGAGUGAAGCUGUUGUACAAGAAGCUUUGGACCAGGUCCGAUUGGGGCGCACCACCAUCUCUAUCGCUCACCGUUUAUCAACAAUUAAGAAUGCAGACGUGAUCGUGGGCUUUGAGCACGGCCGUGCUGUGGAACGUGGAAAACACGAUGAGCUGUUGGAAAGAAAGGGUGUCUACUUUACUCUGGUCACUCUUCAGAGCCAAGGAGACAAAGCACUCAACCGAAAAGCCAGACAAGAAAUGGAGGAAGAGGAAGGUAGUGACCCAAAUGCAGAGAGGAAGAGCUUCAAAAGAGCGGGAAGUUAUCGCGAGAGCUUGAGGGUCUCUAUUCACCAAAGAUCUCGAUCCCAGUUAUCAAACAUCAUACCUGAAUCCUCUGUGGCUAUCGCUGGAGAGCUUGGCCCUCGCUCACACUCUGAAACCUGGGUUCCUCAGGAACUCAAGGUUAGCAGCACGCUUCCCGAUGAUGACGCAGAAGAGGUGGAGCCAGCCCCCGUGGCCCGUAUACUGAAAUAUAACCUUCCUGAAUGGCCCUACAUGCUGUUUGGAAGUAUCGGAGCAGCUGUGAACGGAGGGGUGAACCCGGUGUACUCUCUCCUCUUCAGUCAAAUUCUGGCGACCUUCUCAAUGCCUGAUCCUGUUGAGCAGAAGAGAGAAAUCAAUGGCAUCUGUCUGUUCUUUGUGCUCGUUGGUGUGAUUUCUUUUUUCACACAGAUGUUGCAGGGCUAUUCGUUCUCCAAAUCUGGGGAGUUGCUGACUCGUAGAUUGAGACGUCUGGGUUUCCAGGCGAUGUUGGGACAGGAGGUUGGCUGGUUUGAUGAUCAUAAAAACAGCCCCGGUGCUUUGACCACAAGACUGGCCACUGACGCCUCACAAGUUCAAGGAGCCACAGGUUCUCAGAUCGGCAUGAUCGUGAAUUCUCUGACCAACAUUGGUGUGGCCAUCAUUAUCUCCUUCUACUUCAGCUGGAAGCUCACGCUGGUCAUCCUGUGCUUCCUGCCCUUCCUGGCUCUCUCUGGAGGAUUCCAGGCUAAGAUGCUCACCGGAUUCGCCAAACAGGACAAAGAAGCCAUGGAGGUGGCAGGGCAGAUAUCCGGCGAAGCUUUAAAUAAUAUCCGCACCAUCGCUGGCCUGGGCAAAGAGCGUAAUUUUGUGGAAAUGUAUGAGGCACAGCUGGAAGGCCCAUACCGUGCUGCCAAAAAGAAGGCUAAUGUUUAUGGCGUCUGUUAAGGUUUUGCCCAGUGCGUGAUCUUUAUGGCAAACUCAGCAUCUUACCGGUUUGGCGGAUACCUGGUUCGACAAGAGGGGCUACACUUCAGCUUAGUUUUCAGGGUGAUUUCAGCCAUCGUUACCAGUGGAACAGCUUUAGGUCGAGCAUCGUCUUACACACCAGACUACGCCAAAGCCAAGAUCUCAGCUGCACGAUUCUUCAAGCUGCUCGACCGCAUCCCGAAAAUUAGCAUCUAUAGCUGUGAAGGAGAGAAAUGGGAUAAUUUUAAAGGGGACAUUGAGUUUCUAGACUGCAAGUUCACGUACCCCUCCAGGCCAGAUAUUCAGGUUCUGAAUGGGUUGAAUGUGAGCGUCAAGCCCGGUCAGACUUUGGCUUUUGUGGGCAGCAGUGGAUGUGGCAAGAGCACUAGUGUUCAGCUCCUGGAGAGAUUCUAUGAUCCUGAUAAAGGCCGUGUGCUCAUUGAUGGCCAUGAAUCCAGCCGGAUCAAUGUUGCGUUCCUCCGCUCUAAGAUCGGGAUCGUCUCCCAGGAGCCGAUUUUAUUUGACUGCAGUAUUGCAGAGAACAUCCGUUAUGGUGACAACCAACGAGAGCUCAGCAUGAAUGAUGUCAUCUCAGCAGCCAAAAAGGCCCAGCUGCAUGAUUUUGUGAUGUCACUUCCUGAUAAAUACGACACAAGCGUUGGUUCCCAAGGUUCCCAGCUUUCCCGUGGUCAGAAGCAGCGUAUUGCCAUCGCUAGAGCGAUCAUACGAGACCCCAAAAUACUUUUGCUGGACGAGGCCACCUCAGCACUGGACACAGAAAGUGAGAAGACUGUGCAGGAAGCCCUGGAUAAAGCGAGAGAAGGCAGAACUUGCAUCGUCAUUGCUCACCGUCUUUCCACGAUCCAGAACUCUGACAUCAUAGCCGUGAUGUCACGGGGUUAUGUAAUCGAGAAGGGUACUCAUGACCAUCUGAUGGGUCUGAAGGGAGCAUACAAUAAACUCGUCACAACUGGAGCUCCCAUCAGCUAG